GAAUUCAAAUGAAAAUCAAUAUUAAACAAGUUUUCGAAUUUUCCUGUUAUUCUUCAGUUGAUAAAAAAAAUUACGGAAAUGUCGAAGUCUAUUACCAGCUUGAACUUUAAACCGCAGUCGCGUAGAAAACCAUCAAAGACUCAUUUAGCCAAGCCUACCACAGUGAAUACUGUGGUUACUGAACAAGAUGAUAUGCCUGCAGAAGAAGACUCUGAUGUUCAUUUAGUAACGACAGGUAAACUGCAUGUUAAGAAGUGGCGCGAACCUGAUUCAGAUGAUGAAGGCAACCCAGAGCAUAACUAUGAUAUUGCUGAAGCUUGGCGAAGUCUUUUUAGUUUGCCAUCCUGUCAUCAAAUAAUUUUAAAAGAAAAUGUGCAGCGGCGUUUACAACUUUUGGUUGGAUUAAAUGUUACUCAAGAAUUCCCCUGGAAACAAAUAAGGUAUAAAAGUUUGAUAGACCAAUUUGAAAAUAUAGAGGAUGGUGAUUUUAUAAGCUCAGCACUUGAAGGGUUUAAUUUAGAGGACCAUUUGUUGUUUGGUUACACCCCAAUUUUAACAGAGAACCAAGAUGAUGUCCCUGAGGGUGAUCCAUUCAUUGUUUUUUUAAGUCCUGCAGACGCUAAAAUAGCAUUAACAAUAAUUCGAAAUAUGGAGUUGUAUGAACGUUGGCUUGUAAACAAACGUUUGAUAAAAAAGCCUCGUAGAUGGAUAUCACUAGGUAGUGAAAAUGAAGUUAAUAUGACCAUAGAGCAAGCCCACUCAAGUCCCUUAGAGGUCGAGGUGCAGAGUGUCUAUCCUUUAAGGAUACCUGAGCUCAAAGAAUUUUCUUUACGGAAAUCUACGGAUAUACGAGACGGAUAUGUAGAGCUAUUACCUAGUGAUUUAAUAAAAUUUGAAAAUGUUACGCGUCGUCGAGUUACUAUUGGAAUACAAUCCGCACCAACUUUAAUAGAUCUUGAACAGCAAACCGACCCUACAUUUCCAACAAAUGCCUGGGCACAAUAUUUAUAUGAAAUAAAUGAUGAAGAUGGAUUGGAUGAAACAUCAGAAGACGAGGCCUCUAAGGAUCAAAUACAUGGGUCAAGCCGAAGUCCAACUCCAUCUCCAAUAGAACCUCGAAAAUCCAAACCACAGCCAAUGUCACCUAAUAUUCGAUUGUUACUGGACACCCUUGAGUUCAAUCAAAUCGAUAUGUAUCGUAAUGAUUACGCAUACAUUUGUAAUAAGCCGAUUGAACACUACACCACUCCACAUUUAGAAGAAACCUUGUGUUUUGCUAAUAUUUCUAAAAGCUACGAGCGGUACGUUUGUGGGAUAGAUUGGUAUUCCUCUUUGUCAGGAUUAAUUGCAACCUCUUAUACAUUUAAUACUCCUGCUACAGUUGAAUUAAUCUCACGACAUGUUGAUGUAGUUCAACGGGCUGUAUUGCAACCAAAUCCGAUAUUAAUGUGGAGUUUCGCUGAUAAUUUAAAUUACAAAUUAGAGUUUGAAACAUCUCAAGAAGUCACCGUACUAUCAUUUUGUCCACAUGAUCCAAAUAUUUUAUUCGGUGGAGGUAAAAAUGGUCAGAUAAUUGCUUGGGACUUACAAGGUCGGGCAGAAAAGCUUGACACUGAAGAGAUACUAACAGCGGCACAAUCGAAAUAUCGUGUUUUAAUAGCUGAUUUUUUAAAAUGGACAAUACAGAUAAAUGAAGAUGCUAUUGUACCGCCCGUCAUGUCAUCAGCUCUAGAGGUGUCACAAAAGUCUUCAAUUACUGGUAUAUAUUGGCUAGGUCAGCAUUUUUAUGUAAAUUCUUUUGGAAAGACUCUAACUGAUCCAAAUAAAGAGAUUGUGCAUAAAUUCUUUCUCACUUGUUCUGUGGAUGGAACAAUUUCUUUUUGGGAUUUGGAUUCAACAAAUGAUAAGAAACUUCAAGCUGCAACAUUAAGACAUGACCAACCCAAAGCUCUGACACAAAGCGAGUCCAUCUAUAAAAAUAAAGUGCUAAAACCCAUAUUUACUAUUGUGUUUAAUGAACCGAUAACUUCCAUAUUUUGCGAUUCAUCUGUAUUUCAUUGCAAGGUUCCAGAUUCUCCAAAAAAAAGAGUAAAUUCGAAUAAUUUUGCUACCAUUUUAGAACCAAUUAAUCCACAAGAAAUAAGACAGUCAGUUAUAACUUCUUCAUUUUAUGGACACAUUGAAAGACUGAAUUGGUUAGGUUCAUAUGCUGAUGAAGAAUGUCGCGAGAACGUUUCUAAAUCAAUAAAUUUUGCUAGAGUUCACGAUGGACCAGUAAUUGCAAUAAGGAAAAAUCCAUUUUAUCCAGUUGUAUUUGUUUCAAUAGGUCGGACUAUAUUUGCUGUGUGGAAAGAAAACUUUAAUUAUUCGCCAAUAUUUUGGAGAAAAUGUUCUGCAGAUUUGACUUCCGUUACGUGGAGUGAAUCGCGACCUGGAAUUUUAUAUCUCACCCGUAUUGAUGGAAAUAUGGAAGCUUGGGAUAUUUUAGCGCGAGACGACGAUGCCUGCUACAAUGACAUUUUGGGCGGUGGAAUAAUUACGGCAAUAUCGGAACAUCGCCCUUCAGAACCUGAGAAGCUACUUGGGAUAGGUGAUUAUAACAGCAGUUUCCGAAUGAUGAAGUUACCACAAAGUUUUUACACUCCAGAGCCGAAAGAAUUGGAGAAAGUAAAAGAGUAUUUUAGUAAGGAAGAGAACCGUAAAAAAUCUAUUCAGGCUUGGGAACAUCAGUAUUUUGAAAAUAAUCGUGAUAUAAUUGAAGCAAAACGUCAGGCUGAAAUAGAUACCAGAAAAGAACUAGAACGCCUCGAAAAGGAGUAUAUAAUAAAUGCAACACGUAAAGUUAAAGAAGGAGGAGAGGAGAAUAAAGAUGAAUCAAAAAACCUUUCAUAUACAGAACGGAUGAAACGUAAAUGGGAUGAGUUGAAUUUGAAUCGUUUACUAAGCAUUCUAAUGUCUCGCAAGCGUGUUGAUGAGGAAAAGCUAGAGAGAGAAACUCGGCUUGAGAAAAAACAUUUAGCUUAUGAGGCCGCAAAAAAACAAUCCUUAAUUCGCAUCCAACAAAGAGUAGGAGAAGAAGUAGCAUCUGUAAGAGCAAGGAUACUGCCACAUGAAAAAGUUGAUUUACAACGUAUCGACAUGAUAAUUUCAUCUGUACGAGUAUUAAUGGAGUCCAUUGACGAUUAUGCUGAUACUGAAAUGGAAUCCAAUGAAAUCGUAAAGGACUUUGAUGCCUUUGAUACUUUAAGUUACAUAGAUUUUCUAUACCGUGGAGAUCAUCGUCGACGUUUGCUGAACAAGUCAAUAGGUGGGAAUACUGAAAGAAUAUAUUGGUAUGAAUGCAUCCAAGAUGAAGAUCUCUUGGAGGAAUGCAGUUGGUGGUAUGAUAGUUUCCUUGACCCUCAAAUAUCUUUAAAUGCUAAUAAAAAUAAUGAAAUACAAAAUUUUGACUCCGAUACGAGGUCAACAUAUAUGAGAGACUAAACGUAUACAAUACUAAAUGUAAUAAAUACCAAAUAUAUCGUAGAUUUUCAUUGUUAACUGUUUUGGUCAGGGGACCUCAAUAGCGCCCAGCAAGUUCCUGGAAUUCAUCAGAGUGCUGGGCCUUAGUGAGUAAGUAGUUCGCGGUGCAAUCCUCAAUUAAAUUGUAUGUGGGGGUCAUCUAUUUAGAUAGAUUUAAAUAAGGUGUGAAGUAUUUAAAAUAUAUCCCAUUACAAUUGUGGUUGAUACCAAUGAUAUUGCAGUUGGUAUCUAGGGACAAAUCACACACAGCGGGGAUACUACCAGAUAUGAUCCCUUUUGGCCCUGUCAAUUCAUUAAUAACCUGAGACCAACGUAUGGUGGAGUAAUAACAGCUUAGAUGCACAACUUCCUCAUAUGAAGACAACUUCCUGGGUUGUCACAGAAAGAUUAAAUAACGCAACUACUGCCUGACAACGAGAGCACUCCAUGCAACAUAAAAACCCAUAUAUUUGUUUAAUUACUUAAGUCCAUUUUUUAAUUGUAUAUAUGUACACAUAUUUUUGUAAGGUAAAAUGUAUUAUUUAUUAAUGGUGCAACAAAAGACUGCUCCUUGAAACUACUGAGCAGUUACAAACAUAUCAACGAUUUCCUUUAUACCGCAAAUAAACAGAUUUAAGAUAUAUUCAGAAAAAUACCUUUUAGCAAGUAAUUAGAUAUGUUAAUGUUAUAGAAUAAGUAUGUUAUACCAAAAAUACAUUAAAAGAUCAUAACUUUUAUAUGGAAAGUAUUUUACAGUAAAGUUUUGGAUACAUCAAAAUACUUAAAAUUAUUUAAUUCUUACAAAUUGCUAAUGAUCGGUUGCACACGACCUUAAACCUUCUUCACAUGAUAUACAAUGAGGGCUAUUAUUAUGGAGUGUAGUGAGUGAGCUUAUCACUAUAAAGUUCAACUAUAUAAUAGCCCUUCCUUACUUGCAAAUAAUGUUAGUCUAAACUCUCAAAGCUGUCUAUUCAUUUAUACCAAAUUAAAAUUAAUUUUUUAAAGUACAGACGUUUAUCGUCACGAAAUGAAACUAAAUUUAGUUUGUACUGUGUACUUUCGAAUUUUCAUACACAAUAUAAACAUUUUUGCAUUUACAUACACAUAUGUACACGCUAUCAUAAAUAAAAUUACAAGUAGGUACUGUCUUAUUUAGAAGUUUUCCGAUACUGUAUCACGUCAGAUUGAACCAAACAGUUUGUAUAUAGUUUAGAUAAGCGUUAUAUACUACAAAAUCGCUUAAAUAAAGAAAGAAAAUGAUUUUAUUUUUAUUUAUCUUAUUAACGGUGACUAUUUUUAUGAUAUAUCUUUUUUUGUCAUGGAAUUUUACACACUGGAGUAAUCGUGGUAUAAAAGGUCCGAGACCGUUACCUUUAUUUGGAUCAUUUCCAGGAUUAGUUACCAACAAACAACAUUUUGCAGACGAUAUUAACGAUAUUUAUAGAAAAUACAAAAAAUGUGAAAGUUACGUGGGUGUUUUUCUCCUUCGGUCUCCACUACUUAUGCUAUUAGAACCACAACUUGUGCAUGAUGUUUUCGUUACUUCUUUUAAACAUUUUAGUUCUAAUGAUGUUGCAAAACUGAUUGACAAAAAUAAGGAUCCGUUGUUAAUAUGUAAUCCUUUUAUACUGAGCGACCAGGAAUGGCGGGAACAGCGAUCGUUAGUAUCUCCAGGUUUUACAAUCGCUCGUAUGCGAACCUCCUACUGUACAAUGCAAUUGGUUUGUAAGUCUUGGUGUGAGUUCCUAAAAUGUCAGAUAAAUAUUCAUUCAAAAGACGGUCUGAGUGGAAAAGAUAGGUCUAAGCCUGAACUUAUGUACAUUCGCUCCUUUUACAUCCUUCGUUAAUCCUAUUUCUAGUUCGACAUUGCGGGUGUACAUGCUAUUGUGUGCAACAUAUCGAUUCAAUUAUAUCGUGUUGCGGACGGAGCCGUUGUGCUGUAAUUCAUUUAAAAUACUAUAUGUAGUCGCUACACGCAAACUUUUUUCUCACAACUUUUGGUAGUUGUUGUUUGUUAAAAGCAUGUAAGGGUGUACAAAUGGGAAUCUGAGGCUGAGGCAAUGUAUAAUUGCUAAAGUGGAGUUAAUACUAAAAAAUUUAUUGUUCCUAAUUUACGAACAUACAUAUGUACAUACAAUCCAAUGUUGAAAAAAAUAUCAGCUCAUAUGCUUAAAAUUGUUUUUAACUUUUACCCUCUCAAUGUUUCUAUUUUAUGUAAACAUAUCCUCACCAAACUUGAGCGCCAUUGCUCAUUUAAUUAGCAUGGGAAACUUUUUUUUGUAAUAAAAUUGAAUUUAUAUUCAUAUAAUUAAGGCAAUUUUAAAAAAACUAAAAACAUUUUAUAUUCUUAAAGUUGAGUCUUUGAGCUUUACUAAAUUUUUAAACAAAGUAGAAGAGUAGUUACAGUCAACAUUUUUUAAUAUAUAAUAAAUAACAUUUGAAAGUAUUUCCCAGGCUACCAUAUAAUCCUUGAAAAUUGCGAGAGUAUAAAAUGUUCGAUUACAUCAAAACUUCGCCCUUUCUUAGUUUUUAAUAAGUUUUAAUUGCUAAACCAAAUAAAGAAAAGUUUUCACAAAACUUUUGAGAAGACAUCUGUAGUGGGCGUUGCAUUUUUGUAUGCGCGGCACUUUAGAUUUAUACCCAAAAUUUCUGUCGCUCAAAUAUAUAAUAUAACUUCAAUUCAAAAUUUGUAAUGCCAAAGAGAGUUUAGUUGUUUUAAUUUCAAUUAACUGAGAUGAGUGGUACACAGUAAUAGGAUAUAAAUUCUGUUCGCCGGAAUAUGUAGCACGUUGUAAUACAACCAGUAACGGUAUUUACUUUGAGCGCACCCAAUAUGUUCUCAAGAGUUCUAAGGGCUUUUAGUAAAAAGUUUUCUUUAUACUUUCAUUUUAUUUGUACAUAAUUGCACCCUUUAUUACGUCGGUAGUUUCUGCUAAGAUAAUGACAUAUUCUACUUAAAUUAUUAUUAUUCUUUAAUAUUAUUACAAUAACUGAACAAUAAUUAAUAAUGCAAACAAUGACAUAAUUUUAUUGCAGAAAUUUAAUAAAUUUAUUGUAGAUUUCAAUUACUAUUAAAAUGGUGUACGGUGAAGACUUUUACCUCAAUUAAAUUGCAAGGGUACAAUUUCUUACUUGUCCUUAAUUUCUCGAUUUUAUAUAUUUGAAUAUGGUAUUAGGAAUAUAAUAUAUUUAAAAUAAAAUACGAAGUUUCUAAUAUGUAUUAAUUAUCAAAAGCCAAUUAAUUUUAUGAACAUAUAACUAAAUGUUUUACAUGAACCAUUCCAGAUUGCACUUCGUUUCACUGCUGAAAAUAUAGCAAGAAGUGUGCUCGGUAUUAGUGAAAAAACGUAUGUCGAUCAAAUUACAAAAAAUAUAAAGAUGCUUUCCGAAAACAACAACGUUUUUAUUUUAUAUACCAUCAUGGCCGGUGUAUUGCCUAAAAUUAUAAACAUCUUUAAAGUGAAAUUUAUUCCUAACAAAUGUGAAGACUUUUUUAAAAAGCUAAUCCAAGAGGCUUUGCGAAUCUAUUUAGAAAGUUCAACAAAACGGCGCGACUUCAUGGACCAUUUAAUGACACUAAAGAAAAGUCACAAUCUUAACGAAGAAAACUUGAUUUCGCAUACAAUGACAUUCCUCAUCGAUGGAUUAGAUACAUCAGCGACGGUUAUAUCUCAUUGUUUAUUUCUAUUAGGUCGUUAUCAAACUGUCCAAAAAAAAUUACAUAGAGAAAUAGUGAAGAAUUCUGUUAACGGUGAAAUUUGUUUUGAAAAACUGAAUGAACUUCCUUAUUUAAAUGCUUGUUUAAAUGAGAGUAUUAGAAUUCUUCCGCCUGGUUUGUGGUCCAUUAAGAGAUGUACUGUACCUUAUACUUUUACUAACAAAAACGGCGACAAAGUCUCCUUAGCAAUUGGUGACUCUGUAAUGAUUCCAAUAUACGCAAUUCAUCAUGAUGAAAAUCAUUAUUGUAAUCCAGAUCGAUUUCAGCCUGAAAGAUUUCUUACAGAGGACGGAAAUAAUUUGAAAUUAUUUCGCAAUAUUGGAGCGUUUUUAGGAUUUGGAGAUGGGCCCCGAAUGUGUUUGGGCAUUAAUUUUGCAACGAUUCAAACAAAGGUAGCCAUAGCUUCAAUUAUAUGGCAAUUCAGUGUUACUUUGAAUGCAAGAACUAAAUCCUUCGUUAAACUAGAUCCGAAAUAUUUUCUAACACAACAAGAUGGUGGUGUUUGGCUUAAUUUUAGUGAAAGAAGAUAUAUUACAUAAUCUUAGGAAGGAUCAAGGACUUAGUAGUCGGUUUUCUUAAGAUGUAAACAAUAAUCGGAAAUCCAAAAUAAACUGCUAUAAUCUUAUCACCUAUAGUUAUGUCACAAAAUAAAUAUAGUUUGUCGAAUGAUU